AUGGACAUUGACGGCGAGAACGUGCCACCUGACGGCGGAGACGGCGAGGCAACCAAGAGGAUGACUUUUCGUGACAAGCUAAUGGGGGGAGCGACUGCACCAGCUCCUAAGGUGUUCAAGGAUCUUGUGGAUCAAGGGAAAAUGAAGGUUAAUCUUGUGAAUGGCAAUCGUCUCCUCCCUCAAGUCACGACUGAUAAGGAAGUGAUUGAGGAGAUGUGUGCUCCAUGGCGGGAAUCUUUGAUUGUUUGCCUUUUGGGGAAGAAGCUUGGAUAUAGAACUAUGAAGGUGAAACUUGCAAACACUUGGAGGCUCUCUGGUGACUUUAACCUCCUGGAUGUCGACAACGGGUUCUAUAUGGUGAAAUUUGACAUGAAGGAAGAUCGAGAGAAGGUCAUCAACGGAGGCCCGUGGAUGAUUUUUGACCACUAUUUGGCUGUUUUGACUUGGAGCAGGGAGUUCGUUUCACCUUUGGCCCGUGUUACCAACACGCUAGCUUGGGUGCGCAUCCCAAGUUUGAAUGUAGUUUUCUAUGAUGAAAGCUAUCUCCUCUCUGUGGCCCGUGUGAUUGGGAGACCUAUAAAGGUGGAUAUGAACACGUUGAAUGCGGAUAGAGGAAGGUUUGCCAGAAUUUGUGUGGAAAUUGAUCUAUCACUGCCAGUGGUGGGUAAGGUCUGCAUUGAAGGCUACUGGUACCAGAUUGAGUACGAGGGACUCCAUGUGAUCUGCUCUAAAUGUGGAUGUUAUGGCCAUCGGAGUAGAGAAUGUACGGCACCAACGCCGGUGGCGGAAAAGGCUCCAGAUGCAGGGACAGGAGCAGGCGAGGCUACGGCGAAAGAAAACCCGGUGGCGGAGGUCGUGACGCCGCCGAAUGGUGAGCCAGGUCAGGAACAAGUCAUGGAGGGCCCAACCCAAGGCGUUGCCAUGGCCCAAGGAGAGAACAUUCCGUCAAUUGAGGAUGCCAUUAAUGCAGGCGCUGCGAACAAGGAGAUCCCAAGUCUGAUUCUUGAUGCCGGGUUCGAAAUUCAUGGAGAAUGGUUGACUGUGGUUAAGAAAAAGAAAAAACUGCCUCCUAGAACUCUGGAACGUAAAGGGGGGGCGAAUCAUGCAGACUCCAAGGGAGUAAUGAUUGGCAAAUCAAAACGGCCUCAUGGAGCACGAAAUUCUAGUGAUGUUGUUGCUGUCUCUAAUUUUAAAAAAAAGGUGGGGCCCCCUAAUGCCUUCAAUUUCGUUGCUGGUAGCUCCAGCCAUGCAGCUGGAAAAGUCCAAGCAAUUAAAAAUAAUAAAAGGUCCAGAAUGGUGGGCCCAGAUGAUUCUCAACAAUUAGCCAUUCAGGAUUCUUCCACUCAAGAGGUGUUGCUAAGGGAGCAAUCAAGUAUGAUUAAUGAUGACUUAAAUGUCAAUGAUUCACUACGUAAAAUUGGUGCACAUGUGCAUGCCUUGGGUAAUUAA